GAUAUUUUCUUUUGGCCAAAUUGAACCGAGGGAUUUGAUUCCUGGCUCCCACAAGCCAAAAUAUCAAUUUUCUUUUCUUUGUAGGGUGAGUGAUAAAGAUGCUUGAUAAUUGUAAUGUUAUCCAUAUAAAAUGAGAGUUGUGGUCCUGCUUUCAGCACUUAAGUUACCGCUAUCCCCUUCCUCUGAAAACUGAAGCAAGUGAUAAUCAUCAAUGGCUCUUCCUUCUGGAACUUUGGCUGCAUUGAACAGGCCUGCAGUUUCUUCCAAAAUGCUAGCAGUUGAAAAUCUAAGAACAUUUACAACAUCAUUUAAAGGAAAUGGAUAUGGGAGAAGGAGCCUGCUGAGCUUAGUUUUAUUGUCAACAGCCUCAGCAGCAUCUAAUGCUAGUGAUUCAAGAACAGCACUUCUUCAAGAGUACAUAAAGAAGUCCAAAGAGAACAAAGCAAGGAAUGAUAAAGAGAGACUGGAUGAUUACUACAAGAGAAACUACAAAGAUUACUUUGAGCUUGUUGAAGGUUCGGUGCAGGGUAAGAGCGAAGAGCAGCUUUCUGAAGCUGAGAAGCAAAUCCGCGAGUGGCUUCGAAAAAACAAAGAAUAAUAACAUGUUGCUAUUGUUCGAAAACUCUCAAUAGAGCAACAUCAUCCGGUAUUUACUGUGUAUUUUGCAAUAGAGUAAACAUAUCACAUCAAUAUGUCUGAAACCAUCAAUCUCAA